UCAUCGUGUUGUUAUGCUUAUGAGUUUGCUUUGCUAAAAAUGGCUGCACUAAGAUUUCAAAUCCAUGUGGACAAAGAAAAUGCCAACUCACUUGGUGUAAACCCCAAAGUCCGCAAUGGGAGCACUUCAGGAAUACGUGGGAAAGUGUUCCAGGAAUCCAUCACUCCAGGUCUGACGAAGCCAAGGAAAGCCCUAGGAGACGUGAACACACCAGCUAGUUCCCGGCCUCGCAAGGCCCUUGGAGAUGUGAAUGGGACAAGUGGGCCUGUCCUCAAGGGGAAGUCGGGUGGGUUGAAACCACUGUCACUGAACCCUCAGAGCUUCAAGAAGCCAGAAGGGAAAAGGUCACAGGAAAAAGGAUUAAGAAAACAAGAACCAAAGGUAUCUGUGCCCGUGUUGCAGACAACCCGCAGUUGUCAACCUGCAUCUUCACUGUGUGAAGAUAUAGAACAGAUGCACAAUGAGAAAGAACCAGAUGACGAUGAAGAUGUGUGGCCUGCACGGGAGCGUAUCAGUACAUACAUCGACAAGUUGAUCAGUUGGCGUCCCCCAUGUCUGUACAAUACAUGGAGUGAUAGUGACGAUGAAGAGGAUGACCGGAAGAUUCAGGAGAUGAUGGGGCAGCUGGAUGCUCUCCCCACCCCCAAAAUAGCUACAGUUGAAGAAAGUAUAGUGCCUGUGGAAUUGCUGACCGUGCCUGUGCCAGAAGUGGAUGUACCAUUCGCAGAUAUAUCUUUACUGGAUUCCAGUCAGAACAUUUCUCUGCCAUCUCUAGAAGACUCCUACAGUAUUGUGCCCAAUCUUGGAACAUUGCAACUCAAAGAAGACAUCUGAACGUCAUGAGCCAAAUAUUGCCGCUACAUCCAUCGAUCAUUGUUCACAUCAUCCCACCAUUUCUGUGUCAUCUUACACGCUGAAGCAACCAGCAUAAUGCACUUUCAUUUGACAUUGUUCACAUGUUCAUCUCCCCUCACCGACAUUUCAUUCUUUGGAGAGCUUGCCAUCAGUCAGUAUUCCAGACAUGUUCCUCACUGUCCUGGUUGAUGGUGCCAGUCACUUGAAGCAGGUAUCUAGUCGAGACUGGUACAGCAACAUCAUGACGGAGAACUAACAUGACAUCAACGAGAGCAUUAGGGCAUAUUGCAGUCAGUCUCUUGUAUGUCAUGUUUUCUCACAAUUGUAAUGUCUGGAAUCUUUGGUUUUAUUUCCUCUGUAAAUAAAUGUUCUGUGUAAAUAAACAUGUUUUACUGUA